UUUAUGUAUUGUUAUUUUUUCUCCAUUUUUCUAGAGAUAUGAUUAGAUGGAGACGGCUAAAUGCAAUGGUCUGAGGAUGCUGCCGAUGCCAUAGUUUGUUUACAAGAAGAAGAAGAAGAAAACUGCUGGAAUUCUGUCCCUCUAAAACACUCCAGAAGAGCGCUAUCAAAGGCUGCAAAAUGGCUGAUGAUUGGAAGUCAUGGAGUUUCCGGCAGAAGGUGAUCAUGCAGAUGGAGGAGAUCAUUCGACAAAGUCCGGCACCAGGCCAAAGAAAUGCCCAGGAUAUUGAGCUGCAGGUGUUUCAGAGAGCCACCAAGAAGGAGGAGUAUGUGACACUCAUGACUCGAAUCAUGAUGCACAUGCAAGAUGUGGCCCAGAGCAACACACAGGCUAACAAUAACCCUCACAUUCCUGAAAUUCUUCCUCGUCAUCCUGGGCCUUCACAAAUGAAUAACCCCAACCCUCCAAUAAUGAAUACUACAAUGAAUAUGCAGGGCUCUCCCAGAAUUGGGCAGCCUAUGCCAGCUAACCUCCCAACACAGGGCGGUGAGAUGGGUAACUGGACAACUAACAACCGGCGGAUCAAUGAGAUGCAAAUCUCUGGGGUUGGUAAGAAACAACCAAUUUUAACCAUGUCCCAGCUGGGUGGCCAACAGCCCAAAAUGACACAGAUUCAGAUGACUAUGGCUGCCCAGCCCAGUGGUGCCACACCAAUCGGUCAGGUGGUUGGACGUGGGGGUGCCACCAUGCAGCCUCGGGUACCUUCACCUGGGUUUCCGCGGCAGGGGACACCAACGCCCACCAGUGCCUCCCCCGCACCCUCGUUAUCAGCACCAAACAAUCAGCCAUCUCCUGCUUUUGUUAGUCCCUCACCAUCCUCAGGCAUGGUUCCUUCUCCUGCUGGUGGUGGCACUGGAGGGGGCAUGGGUCGAGGAGCAAGUCAUCUAGGGGCCCCAUCUCCUGGGGGAAUGAUAAACACUCCAGGACAAACACAGCAGCCCUCUCCAGCACCGUCAGCCAUGUCCAACAGCCAGGUGGAGGAAGCUGCCUACAUGGAAAAACUACGACGACUCAAGAAAUAUGUUGCUCCUCUCGGCCGCAUGCUCCAGCGCAUGGGUAAUGAUGACGGUGAAAAGUCUAAAAAGAUGAAACAGCUGUACGACAUGCUACAGAACCCCACACGACGCAUGCCCAUAGAAACCCUUAUAAAGUGUGAGAAAGUUCUAGAACGCCUUGAAAUUCCACGUGAGAAUGAAGCGGAGGCGCCUGUCCCCCCCAGCAUGGAGACCUGCACAGCUGCCCUGGAAGAGGUACUCACCACAGUGCUCAAGUCACCAUGUGCAGCUCACACUCUCCACCGCACACUCUCUCCAGCCCUUUCUGUGCUGCUGGGGCCAACGUAUUCCACCAACCCAGCUACCCUAACUCCUGCCAGUCGACCCCUCCAGCCACCUCCUGAGACUCCUGACAUUAGUGACAUAGUGCAGGGAGAGGUGGCUCGACUCAAUGCCCGGUUUAGGAUCAACUUGGACUGUCAAAUGCCCCCAGGCAGUGAUGAACUGACUCUUAUUUGCCAGCUAGAUGAUCCUAACUUGCCGUGUGUCCCCCCAAUCACUCUCACUGUACCAGCCUCAUACCCUGACAAACCUCCCCGCUGCCACCUCUUGGCUGUUGACUAUGAGAGCACCGAGUUCUUGCGUAGCAUUCGUGAGAGUAUGAGUGAGCGUCUGCAGAGUAUGCCCCCACACUGUUCCCUCACCAUGAUGCUGCACAGCUGGGAGAUGAGUGUGCGCCAGGCCUGCUCACCACAGCCUGCUCUCACAUCAGCUAUUGCCUCUGCCUUGGCCCUUACCUCUGCCGUCUAGUGAGGGUUAGUUACUGGAUGUGGCAGAGGUGGGAAAAAGCAAAGGGUUUAAAAUGUGGAACCAGAACUUCUUUAACUUAAUGGGGUUUGGGUCAAUUUGUAUAAUCUUUGGACACAGAAACCAUUUAGAAGCUCUAAUGGACAUGGGCUAGGGAUGUAUAUUGAUCAGUAUAGGCUUACCAGAGGCAUCUAAGUGAGAGCUCUAAAAUCAGCACCCAAGAACUUGAAGAGAAGAAGGAACUCUACAUUAAUUUGAUAAGGAGGAUGAAGUGUAGGCUGGCCAUGGCUUCUGCUGAAUAUUGUUAUGAUAUUCAUGUGUAUGUACAAUACUGGAUUAUUUAUAACCUAUAUAAAUGCUUACAUUGAUAGAAUACUUUGAAUAUCAUGAAAUAACUUGCAUGACUGCAUUCUAAGAAUUACUUGUGGUAAGUAUAAGAUCUUUCUUUAUUUUUUCAUAUCUCCCAGUAAAGUUAGGCAGCCCUAAUAUGCUCCCAGCCCUCCCACUGUCAACUGAUUAUUACCAUUUGUAUGUAAAAUAUAUUGAUCUGAGUGUACAUGAUGAGGAAGAAAUAUUUAUUAAACUGAAUUAGAUUUA